UGUGCCCACCGUCGUGUUUUUAACCAUGUGUGUUUUUAGCAUGGUUUUUAUCCCGCUGUUUGUUUUGUGCUCAGAGAAACUUCCUGCACUUUGACCAAAAAAUCUUCUAUAUCCUCUAUCAUCGUCGAGUCUUGAUGAUAAACGUAUCGCUGUGGGACAGAGUUGUCACCUGCUCGUUUGGUGCUUCAGAGGAUUAACAUUAGCUAAAGGUGGCUCACGUUAGCUACUAAUAAUAAUAACAAUAACACUGUCAGUGUGACAGGUUGAAGCUGAAGCUGCACACUUGUUACAGAGAUGCAAGUGAAGGAGUUAUUGGUGUCUGCUCCAGGGAAGGCUAUCCUCCACGGAGAGCAUGCUGUUGUUCAUGGAAAGGUGGCUCUUGCUGUGAGUUUGAACUUGAGAACAUAUUUACGGUUGAAAGGCACCAAUACUGGCAAUGUUUGCAUCAACCUCCCAAAUAUUGACACAUUCCUCUGCUGGGACUUGUCUGAACUGAAGCAGCUUGUUCCUUAUUCCUGUGGUAAGAGGGAGGAGGUGAAACGUCUGGAUGCUGAACUUGUGAAGAGACUGCGUGAAUUUCUUGGUGUCACCAAUGGAAACUUAGAUACUUGCAACAUGGCCACCCUAGCCUUCCUCUACAUCUACCUCUCACUGUUUGGAUCAGGUGAGCUGCCCAGCUUGACGGUGUCUGUGUGGUCGGAGCUGCCAACUGGAGCAGGACUGGGGUCAAGUGCUGCCUACUCAGUGUGUUUAGCUGCAGCUCUGCUCUGUGCAAGUGGAGCCAUCCCCCCUCCUCUCAAAGAGUGGGAUCACACUGCCAGGUGGUGUCAGGAGGACCUGGAGCGGAUCAACAGCUGGGCUUUCCAAGGGGAGAUGAUCAUCCACGGUAAUCCUUCAGGAGUAGACAACGCUGUAGGAACAUGGGGUGGCAUGCUGAGAUUCUUGGCUGGGAAGAUAAUACCACUGAGCAGGGUGCCGUUAUUAAGAAUCCUCCUCACUAACACCAAAGUACCACGUAGCACCAAGGUACUUGUUGCCAGGGUGAAGGACAAGAUUAACAAGUUUCCCUCCAUCAUGACCCCGGUGCUCGACUCAGUUGAUGCCAUUUCCUGCACUUGUGAGAAAGUCCUCUCAGAAAUGACCUGUGAGCCCAUCACUGGAGAGCACUACAAUAUUCUAGAGGAGCUCAUUGAUAUGAACCAGCACCAUCUGAAUGUGAUGGGUGUAGGACACCCGUCCCUGGACACAGUGUGCCGAGUCACAUUGACUAAAGGGCUCCACAGCAAGCUGACCGGUGCAGGGGGAGGAGGCUGUGGCAUCACCCUUCUGAGACCAGAAACGGACUCCUCUGUUGUCCAGACUACAGUGCGGGACUUGAAAGACUGCGGCUUUGACUGCUGGGAAACGAGUAUUGGCGGGGCGGGCGUCCAGCAGCACUCUCCUCUCUCUGUUAAGGAGGAAGUUCUGGAGAUUUUAAACCGUUACUGAGACUAUUUGAGGACAAAUGGGCUGUUUGUCUUCUCGUCGUUUUUACCUGAAGACCUGAGGUGUGCUCCACUAAUGAAGUGAGCCGAGGGGAACAAGGAAAAUGUCACACUGAGCGGAGCUGGACGGAGCCUCCAGAAUUUUUCCUGACAGGAAAACAAUCUAAUUGUUUUGAACUAACAAGGCAACGGUGUCUCUAACAAAUUGCUGAUAUUAAUUUUGAAAUGUGGGAAAAUGACAGAUACUCGAGGGUACAAUUAUAUGUGCUGAGCGCUUUGUCCACUAGAUGGCAUUAGAGUUGCACAAAUGCUUUUUAUGAAACAGACUGUAUGGUGAGAGGCUCUGAUAAAUUGAUUAAUGUGUAAGUGAAGCACUGGCAGAAUUAAUUUAUAGUUUCAUCCAAAAUGCUUAACGUAGUAACAUACCUUAAUGGAUUAGAUGAUUGUCAGUCAUUAAUUGCUCUUGGCAUUGUAACAUGCAAUGUUGUUGGAUAACCGAAAUAAUGAAAAAGAUCAUUUUAUGGAAAAUGAUGAUGGAGACAAAGUGUGAUAAAUGAAAUUGUUUUCUGUUUUUUUAACAAAACCCAAUGAAUAUUAUUCAGAUUUCUUCUUUAGUCUUCACAGUUGUUCAAAGAGGUUUAUCAAAGUGACUGUACUUUAAUAUUUCUCCGCAUCAUAAACAAUGUUGGUGAAACCACAAAAUAAUAAUGUCAUAAAUAUACUCAGAGGACUAUUUGCAUAUAAUAUAAAACUUUCACACUCAUAAAUUAUUAAAUACAGAUGUAUGCUGCUUUGAAUCAA